AUGGAAGAAGAUGAUUCUGACAAGAUGGACAGAAAAAGCAAACGAAAGAUUGAUCACAUAAUCGACUUGGAUAAAGUAGACUCUUCCACGAAAAAAAUUUCUCAACGCAAUCGAAAUACUGUUCAUCAGGGUUCAUCUUCUUCCGUUCUUGAAAAUCAAUCUGCGCCGGCAGAUUUACCUGAAAAUACCAAUGUUUCAAUCUCAACGACGGUGGCGGAGGCCGGCGUUUGGCCGCCACCCCAACCCCAAGUGGAAGAAUUAGGGACGUCGUCGUACUCCGAUCGGGGGUCCGGUGCUCCCGCAUUAGGCGGCCUGAACAGAACAGUGGCCUUGCUACCACCCCACUUCCUUGGAAAGGUGUCGUCAUCCCCAAAUCAAGAGCCCCGGAACCUUCACAAAUGCGUAUUCUGCUCCACGAUGUCGUACAACUUCUGGUGGUUGCAUCAACAUCAAAUGAGCCAUGUCGAUGGCGUUGAUCAGAGUGAACAAAAUCAAAACCCUACACAGAGAUCAACUACCAACCCCACACAGUACAACAACCCCAGCGCUAGGUACAAUACACCUAUGAAUAUGAACACAACAUUGACGUCGCCCUACUUUAGUCAACGUGAAUUAGGGUUUUGGUUUGACUCUAGCCAGAUACAAGUACCACAAACCGGGUUCCAAAGCCAGAUCAAUAGUAAUUUCAAUCUCCGACCAAUCUACGGCGGAGGAGGGUGUAGCAGAACGGAAGGAUUUCACGAAGUUACCGACGUUCACAAUUUUUCUGGCAUUCAAGAUCUCGGUGGCCGGAGUACUUACUGGCGUCUAGCUACAGCUACUUCAUCUCUGUCACUUUCUGAAACAAGAGAAGAAGAAAUAAACGAUGGCAGCAUUGAUCUUUUGUCGGGGGUAGGGACGAGUAAUAGUUUGGAAAACCGUGAACGUGAUGGUGAUGAAGAUCAAGAUCAUGACAUGAAUGAAGAAGAAGAUGGCGCUCUAAUUGAUCUUUCACUACAGAUUGGACGGAAACCACCCAAUUGA